AUGAAAAUUGCUAAUUUUAGACUGAUAGAAAAAUGUUCGAGUUAAAGUUAUCCUAUUAUAUAAGUAAUAUCUAGCGAAAUAAAAAGGUGUAAGUUUGAAUAUUUACCUCAAAGUGAUACAGAUGAUUGCAUGGUGAUAUCUAUCAAUGAAUAAAACUAUAAUGAAUAUAUGUUGAAUUAUAGCUAAAUGCUAAGUAUAUCGGAGACUUCUCAACAAUACCAAGAAAUUCAAGAAAUAACUCAAUUUGUAAAACUCAAUAAAGACAACUUCUAUAAGAAUUUACUUUAUGCAUUUAAUCGACACAUUAAACUACUCAAAGAGCCUUAGUUAAUCAACUUAUAUGAAUCUAUGACAAUAGAUAAAUGGGAUUUUGAUCACAUAUAAUACAGAGUUAACAAAAAUUUAGAUAAUUGUGAUCGGCUAGGACUCAAAGUAAGGAAUCUUGUGAAAAAUAAAAAUUUAAAAAGAAUAUUCAUCCAUUUUCUAAAGAAUGCAAAUUCAAUGUGGCUUGAUAGCAGCAAAAUAAAGAACAUAAAUUAAUAUUAAGAAUUUAUCAAUUUAUUUUUAAAAGCGUAUAAUUAUAGAAUUCUAUCUUAUGGAAUAUCUUAUUACAAAAAACAUAAAAAAAAAUGA